UGGCGGUUGUCGGCGCCGCGGCGUGCCGUGGGCUGUGAGGUGGCUGCUUCCCCUGUGCGCGGGGCGCCGCCGGGGUAUGCCCGCUGCCGGGGAGGAGGCGGCGGGGCGGCGGUCGCCUUGCGAGGACUGAGGAACGCGAAAAAUCACCACACAUAUAAUGGAAUUUUAUCUGAUUCUGUAGAUCAGAUUUCUUUAUUCUGGAUGUCAUGGUAACAAUACAGGAAGUAUGCACUAUUUCUCAUUUCUGCAAGUAGUCUUCACUGCUGAUGGAAAUUUUUUAAGCUAUAGCAGAGUUCAUUUUGGUACCUUUAAUGGAAAUCCUGAUUUCAUUUUUAAUUUUUGAUAAGCUUUUUCUAAAGAUAUGAACAACCAAAAAACUUACCUCAUUAGGCAAGUCCACAUGAAUAAGAAUGCCUAGAAGAGGAUUGAUUCUUCAGACCCGGACCCACUGGCUGCUGUUGGGUCUUGCUUUACUCUGCAGUUUGGUAUUAUUUUUAUACCUUCUGGAAUGCGCCCCCCAGACUGAUGGAAAUGCACCUCUUCCUGGUGUUAUUGGGGAAAAUUACGGUAAAGAGUAUUAUCAAGCCCUCCUGCAGGAGCAAGAAGAACAUUACCAAACCAGAGCUACCAGUCUGAAACGCCAAAUUGCCCAACUAAAGCAAGAAUUACAAGAAAUGAGUGAGAAGAUGAGAUCCUUGCAAGAGAGGAAGAAUGUAGGGGCUAAUGGCAUAGGCUAUCAAGGCAACAAAGAACAAACACCUAGUGAUCUUUUAGAUUUUCUUCAUUCCCAAAUUGACAAAGCUGAAGUUAGCAUAGGAGCCAAACUACCUAGUGAGUAUGGAGUCAUUCCUUUUGAAAGUUUUACCUUAAUGAAAGUAUUCCAGUUGGAAAUGGGUCUCACUCGCCAUCCUGAGGAAAAGCCAGUUAGAAAAGAUAAGCGAGAUGAAUUGGUAGAAGUUAUUGAAGCUGGCUUAGAGGUUAUUAAUAAUCCUGAUGAAGAUGAUGAACAGGAAGAUGAGGACAGCCCCCUUGGAGAGAAAAUGAUAUUUAAUGAAAAUGACUUCAUAGAAGGUUAUUAUCGCACCGAGAGAGAUAAGGGCACACAGUAUGAACUCUUUUUUAAGAAAGCAGACCUUAUGGAAUAUAGACAUGUGACCCUCUUCCGCCCUUUUGGACCUCUCAUGAAAGUGAAGAGCGAGAUGAUUGACAUUACUAGAUCAAUUAUUAAUAUCAUUGUGCCACUUGCUGAAAGAACAGAAGCAUUUGCGCAGUUUAUGCAGAACUUCAGGGAUGUGUGUAUUCAUCAGGACAAGAGAAUUCAUCUCACAGUGGUGUAUUUUGGUAAAGAAGGACUAUCUAAAGUCAAGUCAAUCCUAGAAUCUGUCACAAGUGAGUCUAAUUUUCACAAUUAUACUUUGAUCUCAUUGAAUGAAGAAUUUAAUCGUGGACAAGGACUAAAUGUGGGUGCCCGAGCUUGGGACAAGGGAGAGGUCUUGAUGUUUUUCUGUGAUGUUGAUAUAUAUUUCUCAGCCGAAUUCCUUAACAGCUGCCGGUUAAAUGCUGAGCCAGGUAAGAAGGUGUUUUACCCUGUGGUGUUCAGUCUUUACAACCCUGCCAUUGUUUAUGCCAAUCAGGAUGUGCCACCGCCUGUGGAGCAGCAGCUGGUCCACAAAAAGGAUUCUGGCUUUUGGCGAGACUUUGGCUUUGGAAUGACUUGUCAGUAUCGAUCAGAUUUCCUAACCAUUGGUGGAUUCGACAUGGAAGUAAAAGGUUGGGGUGGAGAAGAUGUUCAUCUUUAUCGAAAAUACUUACAUGGUGACCUGAUUGUGAUUCGGACUCCAGUUCCUGGUCUUUUCCACCUCUGGCAUGAGAAACGCUGUGCUGAUGAGUUGACCCCUGAGCAGUACCGUAUGUGCAUCCAGUCCAAAGCCAUGAAUGAGGCCUCUCACUCACACCUGGGAAUGCUGGUCUUCAGGGAGGAGAUAGAGACCCAUCUUCACAAACAGGCAUACAGGACAAAUAGUGAAGCUGUUGGUUAACGUAAUCAUUGGCAUACUAGUCUGAACCACAAACCAGCACUAUUUUUUUAGCCUUAAUUCCAAUUCCAGAUGCAGUGCCUCUUUCAGAGAAGACAUGCUUAUUUUUUGUGUUCUUUCUGGCAUUACUUUACUUCAGCAGUUUAACUCGAUAUGGAAAGAAAAAGCAAGUAUUUCAGUGCAAAGCCUGUUUUGUGAGAAUACUGUAUUUCGGAAUUGCUGACAAAUUGAAAUCUGUUGUUCGCCCCAAAAGUAGUUUUGAGUUAGUUUCUACCCUGCACCCGUUCUGAUGUGCCCUGGUUGCAUCUGGGUUGAGGGAUGGAAUGUGUUGUGCUCAGGGUGGGUCAAGAGCAUCCAGUCCUGCAGAAAGGACAGAGUGUUACGGAUGGAUUGUGUUGACAAGAGUUCUUCAUCUGCUGACCGCUGAGUCAACCUGCUUUUAAAGUAAGAUCUUUAGUUAGUUGCUUGAAGAAUCCUUUUUCACUGAAGCAGAGGAUGACUAAAUGACACAUCUGAAAUUCACAAUCAAUCAAAAGAAAUCAGAAAUUAAAACCCCUUAAUGUUGCUUAGCUCCCUGAAUGUCUGGUAUUAAACAAAUGAGUAAUAGUAGAAAAUACUCAGGUUAGAAUCUAUGACUUGAUUAAAACUAUUAAUGUGUCCUCGUGUUCUAGAUUAUUAAUCAAAGUUGCUAUAGAUUGUUUUAAGUAAACAAAUAAACAUGGAAAUGCCUUUACUAGAACACUUCUGUUGGAGAACAGGACACUAGUGAUAUCUGGGAACAUCAGUUUACAUGAGCCAGGUGCUACCGGGGCCUUCCUAUAGUGGUUCAGAAUAGAUGAACAUAGCAUGCUUUUGUGUGUUUUUUGCUUUGCAUUGUCUCAUUUAGCUUGAAUCCAUAUAUAUUUAUUAUCCUUUUUUUCCUAUAUGUUAAUAUAUGUUACAUCUGUAUUUGUAAUAUAGUGAUACUUUGAGUUGAGAGAGAGUUUCAUGAAGGGAAAAAACAAUUGAAUGAGGUAUACCAUAGAUCACACUGAUUUGUGAAAAGAGGUGGAGGGGAAAGUGAUCUGAAUGGAAAUCUGAAUUACAGAAUAUUUUAGAGAAAUAUAUUGUUUGCAGAUAGAAUAAUGUUUUAAUCAAGGUAUAAAUUAUGUUAAUGAGACAAGGUGAAUAAGAAGUUAUAUUCAGAUGGGACUGUAUACUAUGUUAUUUAUCACACAUGGAUCUUUUGCCAGAGGGUCAAUUGCCAGAUCCCAAAAUUGGAGAUAUGGUGAAAGGCACGCAUAGAUUUUGAUUUGGCUUUUAAAAGGGACCUAUAUUGUAUCCUUUCUAUGUGUAUAUAAACCCCUGAAAAUUCACAGAAGAAAAGUCAUUACUUUUUACUCAGUAAAUUCUAUCAUCUGAAAUAUAAAUUCCAAAUUUCUUGGUGCUACAUGAAUUCAUUUUACAGUAACUCUUAUGAAUUAUUCUUUCAAGUUUUGGGUAGUUUAGGCUUUUUUUUAAGUUGUGUAAAAUGUUCUCUGAAGAAUUAUUAGGCCAUUGUCUCCUUUUAUAUACAAUUAUUUAUUAUGAAGACCAGUGAAUUUGUUAUUUAAAGUGAGAGAACCUAAUUAUUUGCAAAGGUAAGUUGCCGCUUGUUUUUUGACAGAAUCCAGUGAUUUCACCUUUUCUCUUUUUUAAAAAAAAACUAACUUUUAAUUUAAAAAUGGGAACCUAAGAAUGGAAACAUACUGUGUUUUUGACAUUAAAUGGUACCAAUAAAGUAUUUUAUUACCAAAAGUUAAAUGAAAAUGUGAUAAAUUAAUUUUUUUCUGUUGCAAAAUACCAUAAAUACAGAAAAGUGUGUAACAUGUAAUUGUGUAAUUUAAAGAAUAAUAAAGCAAACAGCUACCAGGAGUGAGAUAAAGAACAUUGUCAGUGAAAGGCCUCUGUGUGCCCCUUCUUGAUUACACACCCUCACCCCCCAUAAUAGUAGCCAUUCUGAUUUCUGUGAUAAUUUUUCACUUGUUUUUCUUAGUUUUCCCAACUGUAUAUGUAUCUCUGCCGAAAAGACUGUUUACUUUUGCCUGUUUUUGAAUUUAUAUGCAUAUUAUUUCUUAUAUAUUCUCUAACUUUCAUUCAGUAUUCUAUUUUUGAGGUUCAUUCAUGUUAAUCUCAAAUUCAUUUUUAUUACUGAUUGGUACUCCACUGUAUGAAUGUACUGAAUAUUCAUUAACUCUGUUGUUUAAAGAUAUUUGGCUUGUUCAUAGUUUUUUGUUGUUUGCUUUUGCUAUCAGAAGCAGUACUGUCAUGAACACUGCUUGACAUACCUCUCAUAAUAAGUGUACAAGGAUCUCUCUAGGAGUAAUAAUGCUGGGUCAUCAGUUGUAUGUACAUGCUGUUUCCAAAGUGGACCGUCUUCAGCACUGUGAGUUCAUUUUGCAUCCUUGGCGAUACUUAAUUUUGUUAGGUUUAUUAAUUCUUGCUAGUCUAGCGGGGCUUAGGCAUGAAUUAUAGUUAUAAUUUGCAUUUCAGUCUUUUUGCCCAUUUUUAUCAGUUCAUAGGAAUUCAUCAUAUAACCAAUUCUUAUUGGUUAAAUAUCUUCUCCCAGGA